AUUCAAUGAUUCAAUAAUGAGACCAACGAUAAUUACUAGACUUAAUAGACAAUUCAUCCGGUCAUUCCAUUCAUCUAGACCAUUACUUGCACUCAACUUCGAUCCGUAUGCUACUUUAGGGAUAUCUAAGCUGGCGGAUCAAGCGGCAAUUAAACGAGCCUAUGUCGAUCUUGUCAAGAAGUACCAUCCUGAUGUGAACAAAGAAAAGGAUGCCGAGAAACGAUUCCACAAGAUUCAAGAAUCGUAUGAAUUACUUAGAGACAAGGAAAAGCGUGCACAAUACGAUCAAUUUGGUGCCCUGGCCUUUGAUGCUAAUGGUAAUGCCAACCCUUAUGCUGGUCAAGGUAAUCCUUUUGGUGGAUUUGGUGGGGGUCAAGGUGGGGCUCAGGGAAAUCCAUUUGCAGGAAUGGGAUUUGAUUUUGAAGAUUUGUUUAGAGGGGCAUUUAUGGGUGGCAGAGCUGGCCAAGGAGGUGCUCGUGGCGGCGCCCAAUUUGUUACUGAACAUGUUGGUGAUAACAUUGAAGUGUUGAAGUCAAUUUCUUUCAAAGAUGCCAUCUUUGGAACAAAAGUUACCAUAAAUUACAAGGCGGUGGAUACAUGUAAUACAUGUUCCGGUGAAGGGUUAAAGAAGGGGGCUAAAAAGUCAACAUGUCCUACAUGUCAUGGUUCAGGACAAACUACCCACAUAUUAGGUGGGUUCCAAAUGUCUUCUACAUGUAAUACUUGUCAAGGAGCCGGUGUAACCAUUGCCAAGAAGGAUGAAUGUGGCACUUGUCAUGGUCAAGGUGUUCGUGAAGUUCCUAAAUCAAGCUCUGUCGAUUUACCAGCUGGUAUUCAAGACGGCCUGCGUGUGCGUGUUCCAGGAGAAGGUGAUGCACCAUUCAUCACCAAAGAUGCAUACAACCGUACCCGUAAAGGUGACUUGAUUAUCCGUGUCAAUGUCCGUAAAGACCCUAAGUUCAAACGUAGUGGUAAUGAUUUAGUCAUUGAUGAAAACAUCUUGAUGACCACUGCCGCUUUAGGUGGGGAAAUUAUUGUUCCAACCUUGGAUGGAUCCAAUGUUAGAUUAAAGGUUAGACCAGGUGUUCAGAGCGGCAGAAAAUUGAGUAUUCCUAACUUGGGGGUACCAAUCAAUAGAAACAUGGAUAACAGGGGUAAUUUGGAUGUGAUAUUGAAUGUCAAGACGUUAGUUCCAGAAACUGCCACCCAAACUGCAUUAUUAGAGGCAUUGGCCGAUGCAUUUAAUGACAAGACUGCCAAGAGAACUCAUUUGAAACGGGCCGAAGAUGAAGAAGCUCAAGAUAAGGAAGACGCAGAAGCAGCAGCAGCAGCGGAAACUUUCGAUGAGAAGGAUUUACAUCCUAACAAGUUAGAUAGAAUUGGCAAGUUCUUGGGCAAAUUCUUCAACAUGGAGCAACCAAAGGAUAAAGAUCAAAAGUAAUUUUGUCUAGAUGUAUAUAAUUCUUGGACUCUAAUGUAAUUGUAUCUUGUAUAUAAAUAGUAUAAAUGGAAGAAUUUAAAUGGGGAUUUCACAUAGCCUUGGCUGCCGCCUUUCAAUUUUGUACGUAAAGAGGAAUUAUAAUUACAAGAUCAUUGAGGGAGGGUUGUACAUGGUUACAUUUUAUGCUGGGCGACAUUAUCCAACAUGAAUCUGC